AUGGCGGUGCGCCAGGCGCGCGUGCGAGAGCGUGCCAGUGCUUGGAUGUACGAGAUCGUGGUGCGGCCGAGGGCUGACGUUCAGAUGACCAUCGAGGACAUCAGGGCUGCGCAGCGCUUGCUUGAGCGCUCCCUUCAGGUGCAGCUGUCCUUCUUCGUCAAGGUCAAGCUGCAGAUGGAACUGGUGCAGCCGACGGUGGAACGGGCAGAGGUGCCGCUGGAGUGGCCUGCAGACGAGCCACGUGUGGAGACCUACUUUCUGAACAUGGCUCCUUUCCUCGUGCCCCCCGAGGCGAACAUCACCCGCCGCAUGAACGGCGUCAUCAGCGAUGCAAGAGCUUCCUUCGAGCGACACCUGGAAUCAGCCCGCUUCAACAACUCCCGCGAGAACAUCGGAAAAAUGUUGGGCAUCACCUUGCUGGUUGGGCCCAGCCUCCCGAUGGCGCAGCUCCCGCCAGCUCCCUUCGUGGACCGGCCGGUUGGCACGCACGCUGAGCUGCCUGAGGGCCUCUACGAGAGGAAGAAGCUCCCGAUGCCCUUCGACCACAUGCGCGGGCCAGAGAUGUGGAGCAGACCGCCAGUGUGGGAGCGCGAAGCCUACGACUCGGUGCUGGACUGCGGAUCCUCCGAGCUCACAAAGAAGAGGGAUGCCGCAUACAAGCUGCUGCGGGAGACCUGCGAGAUCAUGGGCUGGACCACAUUCCGACAGGUACACGACUGUUACCUCUUCAUGGACCUCGCCCUGGCCGACGUGAUGGGCUUCCUCUUUGCCAGGUUUCGCCUCGAUCCGCUGCAGUACGUGACCCUACCUAGCGCAGCUUACGAUGCGAUGCUCUUCUGCACCACUGUGGGUCGCCGCAAGCCUGCGCCGCGGCUGAUUUGCCAAGAGAAGAUCUAUCGCACAGUGCGCAGCUCCAUCAUGGGUGGGCUGAGCUGCAUCUUCCAGCCGUGCGCGAGGGCCAAUCUGCCUGGUAUGGAGGGGUACGAGCCAGAGAAGGAGACGACCUACAUCUUUUCCUUGGACGUCAACUCAGAGUACCCUUUCGUCAUGACCAUGCCGAUGCCCUGCUCCUCUGGGGAGUGGCUGACACUGCCGGAAGCACAGCCGCAGCGCCUCACCUGGCUCCGAGCGCCGCUGGACGCCGUCGACCCCGAGGCUGAAGAGCAGAUCUGCUACCUCGUCCUUUGCGACUUCACCUUCCCGCUAGAGCGCCACGACUCCCUGGACUGGGCCCCCUGCGCGCAUGAACGUCAAGCGCAGCCAGCUCAGGACACGAAGCUGGUGCCCUUCCUCGGAAUGCACGUCAAGGAGGGCGUGGACGCCAAGCGUCUCAAGUUCAUGAUCGAAGUCAUGGGCGCCGUGGUCACGAAAGUCCACUCCGUCAUCAGCUUCAAAUGCCGGCCGUGGCUGCGCGAUUUCAUGCGCGGCUGCUACGGAGAGCGGCUGGCCAGGAAGAAACAGGGGCAGCAUGUGGAGGCUGAGAUGCUGAAGCUCGUCAUGAACGCCAUUUAUGGCAAGGUCUGCCAGAACAUGGAGGUCUACAGGAACACAAACCUCUACACUGACGAGGCCAAGUUCGUGCGCGCCAUGAACGGGCAUCAAGAAGCUCUUCCCCAACGCGGUCCCGCUUUUCACGGACACUGA